AUGGUCAGGUAUGGGCAGCUUGUGGUAGGACCCCCGGGCGCUGGGAAAACAACCUACUGCUACGGUAUGUACCAGUUCCUUUCCGCGCUAGAGCGGCCUGUACAGAUUGUAAAUUUGGACCCCGCAAACGACGCAGUGCCCUACCCAGCGGCCAUCUCGCUGUCUGAGCUCAUAUCGGUAGAUGAUGUCAUGUCCGAACUGGAUCUCGGCCCAAAUGGCGCGAUGCUGUAUUGCAUGGAGUAUCUGGAACACAAUAUCGACUGGCUCGAGGAGCGGCUAGCCGCGCUCGAUCAAGACUAUAUCCUCUUUGACUUGCCCGGGCAAGUCGAGCUCACGACGAACCAUCCCAGUCUGAAACGCAUUUUAGAUCGCCUCCAAAAGACACAAGAUUGGCGUCUUGUUUCGGUGCAUCUUGCGGAUGCCACCAACAUUACCGACCCCGCUCGCUACAUUUCACUCCUCAUCCUCGCGCUCCGCGCCAUGCUCAUGCUCGAGCUUCCCCAUGUAAAUGUGCUCAGCAAGUUUGAUUUGCUCGAUGAGGAGCAGCAGCACCAGCUAUUAUUCCAAAUCGACUACUACACCGAAGUGCAGGACCUGUCGUACAUUACCGAGCAUCUCGCACAGACAGCGCCGCGUUUGGCCACCAUGAGUCGUCUCUUGGGCGACAUCGUGGAAGACUUUGGGCUUGUCUCGUUUGAGACGCUCGCCGUAGAGGAGAAGGAGUCUAUGCUGCACCUGCUCCAGGUCCUGGACCGCGCCAUUGGGUAUGUAGCGCCUGGCAGCGCAUGA